AUCACUUUCUAAUCAAUACUCAUCUCUGGAUUGUUCGAGAGCUUCAAUGUUUUACCGUGUGGAUUUGCCGGAGCAGUUGUGGCAGGUUUUAGCCUGACCAAGGUAACAAUCUUGCCUAAAAGGGACCCUUCCCCUAGUUAUGUGUGUGACUCACUUACAGUACCUUACUCCUCGCUCUCCCGCCAUUGUUAUUCACCGUACCCACCCUGAUCGAGUAACAAUAUUACAGCGUGUGCUCUUGCAAAGCUAUAUCUACAUUCCGUGCCGUGCACUUGCAUACAGAGUAAGAUCUGUCCCCCGCAUCGCCUCCCUCUCCUGAAAAUUUCUUCCACGUCCAUCUUUUGGCUCCUUUGCUUUUUCUUACCCUUCUUAAAAUAUUACUUUUUUCUUGAUUUUCUUGGUCUUAGCACCAAUCCGCAAAUGGAAUCCCAGCUGCCUCCGGGGUGCACAAUGCGGGAUGAAGGUGGCGUCCUUGAUGGCCAAACUGUUGGUAGCAGAGUGAGCAAGAAUGUGCCGGACUUGGAGAAUAUGGAUUGGAAUCUAGAGGACUGGAGGUCAGCCAUUCAUGGCAAGCAAGUCCCGUGUGCUCUCGGCCGGCCAACACCAAGAUACUGCGUCAUUCGGGGAAUUCGGUACAACCCCGGAUUUGCAAAGGAACUUCAUGGUGUAUUACCUGAAUUUACCCGCGCACUGAAUGCUCGCAGUAUUAUGAGCAAUAGCAUCCCGGAUAUGAAUCACCCGGAUGACUUUCCCUAUUGCAUCUGGCAUCCCGAGGUGGCCACAGAGGCCACCUACCGGGAGCUCGCACAUCGCUAUCCACAACUCAAGUAUCACGUAGGCCGCGCCUGUGCUGUGGCUGGCUAUGUUGACUUGUAUAAGGAGCUUGAUAUCCUUCCAGAAGUACACAUCGCCGAAGAGGCUCGAAGCAAUGGUCAUUCCGCCAUCUUUGACAUGGUUAUGGCCAAUGAUACCAUUUACAAUGUCAUGAAUGACUACAAUCGCACCGUGGAUAUCGAUAGCCCUUCUCCUGGGCGUCUGAACUGUGACACCGCUGUUCGCUCAUUAUUGGAAAUCAAGAAAAAAGUCAAAAGACCUGACCUUGACAUAUUCGAUUUCGGCGAAGAAGAAGACCACGACUUCAGCGAUUUCGAAAACUUUAAUAUUACUGAGGAUUGGAACAUUGACGACCACGAGACCCCCAGGGCCGCAGCAAAGCAAGCAGAUGAUCUGACAAGCUACCUCUGCGCUGCAUUACCGACUCAUCUCCCAGAUAUCGACAAGGACCUGCUCAUUUUGAUGUCAGCGUACUACGGCGACAUUGAUCGAUAUGCCCGACUACGACGUCCUAGAUUUGUAACGUGCGAGGUUGCAUGCGUUGUUAGGGGCAUUUACCAUAACACCAUGUUUGCCAAGUAUUGGUCUUUGCAAAAGAACGAGAGCGACUGGAUAACAGAGGCCAUCACAGCCCGUUUUAUCAUGAACGAUGACCUGACGCGUAUCAAAGAAGGCGUUAAACCCCUACCCUAUCUCAUCUGGUAUCCUCGCAUUGCUUCUCGCGAGACAUAUGAAGAGCUUGCUGAAAUAGCCCCGUCCAUGAAGCCAGCUAUUGCCCGUGUCUAUAUGAUGAUGGACUAUCGGCAGGGUUACGACCAGCUUAAUGUGCAGCCAGACGAGGCUCUGAUGGAUGAGGCAGAAUUCCGGGCGAGCAAGAACCCAUACUAUAAGGAGGAUCUAGAAAGAAAGGUUGCAGGAGGAGCUAAAUUAAAACCAAUGCCAUGGCAAAGGGAGAUCUGCGAUGAACGUCUUACAUACAGUUGGUAUAUGCGGCCGCGCUUAAGGAAAUUCUUGACUCGGCCUCUCCUUAGUAGUUAUGGCGCGGAGAUAUACAAUGGUCUUUCGGAUCCCAACGUUUCCGAGGUCGAGCGCAACCUCUGUGUACCGCCAGAGUUGCGGUUCGAUGAAGAUCACCGUUCUGGGGAUCCAGCAGGGUGUACUGAGCAUCAGACGUCCAUUGAGAAUGAACUGAUCAACGAAGCUCCAAAUGAGACGACCAAUCUUCUCCACAAACAUCCGUCUCAUGUCGAAGAUGCCCAUGUCGAGGAAGGCUCUGUUCACGAUCCCCAAUACAACAUCAAAGCUCAGACAAGACUAGUUUUACAAGAAUUCUGGAUUCUCAUACGCAGUUCUAUCCCUGUUAUCCUAGCAUAUGCGCUACAAAACUCCCUCCAGACUGUAUCCGUCCUCAUCGUUGGGCGUCUGUCUCCUGCAGCCCUUGCCACUGCCGCGUUCUCAUACAUGUUCGCCAUGUCCACGGCCUGGCUGGUCGCAUUGGGCGGAACCACCGCACUCGAUACGCUAUGUUCCUCCAAUUUCACUGGAAGCCAGAACCCCCACGAGCUCGGCACACUCUUGCAACGAUCCUUUAUUGUGCUCGGACUAUUUUACAUCCCAGUUAUGUUCCUCUGUUUAUGCUCUGAGCCCGUGUUCAAGCUUCUCGGCCAGGACCCCGAAUUAUCCGCCAGCAGCGCAAGAUUUCUAAGCUGCCUUGCCCCGGGUGGACUGGCAUACGUCUAUUUCGAAGCAAUGAAGAAGUACCUCCAAGCGCAAGAAAUCAUGCGUCCGGGAACAUACGUCCUCCUAAUCACCUCGCCAAUAAAUGCCCUUCUAAACUACCUUUUCAUACAUGUGUUUCAUUGGGGCCUGCUCGGCGCUCCGAUCGCGACGGGAAUAUCCUAUUGGCUCUCGUUUGGGCUUCUGAUUCUCUACACCCGCUUCGUCGGAGGCGGCGACUGCUGGGGUGGCUGGUCCAAGUCGUAUGUUCGCAACAUGGGCACGUUCGCCCGUCUGGCAUUCAUGGGCGUCAUUCAAGUCGGAACGGAAUGGUGGGCAUUUGAAAUUGUCGCACUGGCAGCAGCACGACUGGGGACCAUUGCGCUCGCCGCGCAAAGCGUCAUUAUGACGACGGAUCAAGUCAUGAACACAAUUCCCUUUAGCAUUGGCGUGGCGGCGAGUUCACGGGUCGGGAAUCUUUUGGGCGCCCGCAACGCCAAAGGCGCGGCAAGAGCGGCUAAUGUCGCUGCGAUCCUGAGUAUGCUUUUUGGCGCCAUUGUGCUGGCUGUGCUCAUGGCCGUCAAGGAUGUGUAUGCGAAGAUUUUUAAUGAUGACCCCCGUGUCGUGAAGCUCACGGCUCAAGUCCUGCCCUUUGUCGCCCUUUUUCAGAUAGCAGAUGGCUUGAAGGGUAGUUGUGGUGGCAGUCUGCGUGGCAUGGGCCGCCAACACGUCGGCUCGGUUGUGGACUUGCUGAGUUAUUACUGCGGAGCGUUGCCUUUAGGGAUUUGGUUGGCUUUUCAUGGGUGGGGAUUAAAAGGCCUGUGGGUCGGCCAGUGCAUAGCGUUGUAUCUCGUCGGUGUGUUGCAGUGGGUUAUUGUUCUCUUGGGUAAUUGGAAGUGUCAGGUUGAUAAGGCUUUGCAGAGGCUGGAUCUAGCGGGCCUUGAACCGGAAAACACGUAACAUUGCAUGCAUGCAGGAAAUGCUCUGCGGUUGGUUAUAGAGAGGAAAUCGAAUCUUUAAAGGACUAGAACGGAUAAGCUUCGUAGAAUAUAUUAGACGUCCACAAGAAUAAAACAUGGACGAUCAUAUGGUCGGAAG